GAUUCCGGUCCGGGUUUUGCAUCGAGCCUCUCACAAGAAGGCGGCUACAGAGAAUGGAGCAUCCUGUUCUCUGAUGGGGGGGCAACCUCGCUUUUGUGAACACGCACCUGUUAGACUCCACUGCUGGAGUUGGCAUCUACACACCUGCUCGCAACGGAGGGAUCCUUCAACACGACAGAAAAGAGGAGUCCCCUGAGGGUCAGAAGGCAAGCCCAGGAGAAAGGAUGUGCUGAGAAUCCUGCCUUCAUCUGUGAAAGUGGACCUAUCCAGUGCCCAGUUCACAGUGCCACCUGGGUUUCCAUGGCACUGCAGUGCAAAGCGACUAAUAAAGCUGAAAUUUUGGGUCUAAUCUGACCCUCUUCUUCACAGCUCAUUUCCCCUUCAGCUCAGGGAUGUCAUCUGGGACGUCCUUUAAGCUCUGAGUGGGUUGGCACAGCCUGCCCCCCUCCUCACCUCUUCCUCUGUAUCUAAGGCCUGCCCCCCACCGGCGAUGGAGUCAGUGCCCAGCUCUGACAGCCUGCUGGACCUCAGCUACCUCACAGAGGAAGAACAGGCCUCCAUCCUCAAUGUGUUGCUGCGAGAUUCAGAGUUGCAUUGCCUGGAAGAGGGACGAAUCAGCAAGCUGCGACACACGGUGUCCAACCCCAAGGAGCUCAAGUCCCUCACUGGAGAGUGGUUCAGCGAGGCCAGAUCCAAACGCCAUAGGAAUAGGAAGUAUGGCUCAGAUAUCGUUCGUGCAUCCAUCCGACGAAAAAAGAAGCCUAAAGAUGUGCCCCUAAGCAUUUUAGCCACCAGCAGUGUUUUCACUGUGUCUCCUUACAUUGACGCAGCGGAGAAAGAUGAAGUGGGACUCUCCAACUGCCUCCUAGAAACCCCAGCACUACCCAAUGGAGAUAUUCAUACCACUGCAGAAUUGAAACCACUAGGCACUGACAAAGAGGGAGAAAAUCAUCUUUCCAAGGACAAGAUGAAGCAGACUUCUCUUGAAGUUGGCAAACACUCAACUAAUGAGGUCAGUGUAGUCCAAGAGAUUCCCAGUGACAAUUCAGAUCAAGUGUCCAGUAGUAUCCAGAUUGGGAAGAGUGACCAGAAGCAUGUAUUAAGUGAUGGAUCACAGUUGCAGAUUCCAACAGUGUCAGUGCAGAUGGACUCACCAUCAGAAGGAGACUCAGACACACUCUCCAGCAGUGCUCCAUUAGAGCAUGUGAGAAACCCCAUGAGACCCAGCAACUCCAUGUCCAGCCUGCAGUCCAGCACCAUGCUCAGCGGCAGCAUGAUGAGCCUGUUCAGCUCCGGGGAGUUUGGUACUCUGGACGUGAAGGGAAGUGUGCAGUUUGCUCUCCGGUAUGACACCCAGAAGGAGGAGCUGCAGGUGCUGGUGUGCCGCUGCCAAGACCUGGCGGAGGCCAAGAAACAGCGCUCUGACCCGUAUGUUAAAACUUACUUACUCCCAGACAAAUCCUCUCACAGCAAGAAGAAGACUUCAGUGAAGAAAAAGACUGUUAACCCCAUUUUUGAUGAGACCCUCAAGUACAAGAUAAAGAUAUCAGAGGUCAAGAGCCGCACACUGAACCUGUCAGUGUGGCACAAUGACCCCCUGCGACGCAACAUCUUCCUGGGUGAGGUGGAGGUUGCCAUGGCAACGUGGGACUGGACCAACACACAGCCAACCUGGUACGACCUUUCGCCUAGGGUCCAGAUGACCAUUGACUCCAUCAGUGCCAGGGGCACAAUCAUGCUGUCUUUGAAGUUUGUUCCUGCAGGAGCAGAAGGUAAUGGCAUGCCCCUGACAGGAGAGCUCCAUGUCUGGCUGAAAGAAGCACAGGGCCUGAUUCCCACCAAAGGAGGCAGUGUGGAUUCCUUUGUCAAGAGUUAUGUGCUCCCGGAUGAGAGCAAAACAAGCCGGCAGAAAACCCGCGUGGUAAAGAAGACCCUGAGCCCCACUUACAACCACACCAUGGUGUAUGAUGGCUUCCAGGUGGAGGACCUUCAGGAGGCCUGUGCUGAGUUCACUGUGUGGGAACAUGACACUUUCUCCAGCCAGCUCCUGGGAGGGGUGCGGCUCAGUCUGGGCACAGGCAUCAGCUAUGGCGUUCCUGUGGGCUGGAUGGACUCCACGGAGGAGGAGAAGAAAAGCUGGAGAGCCAUGAUUUCCCAGCCCAACACCUGGGUGGAGGCCACACUGCCCUUGAGGACCAAUCUAGCGCCACGCAACAUGGGCAAAGAGAACUGAGAACAGGCUUGGCACCUUAGUUAGGAGGCAAGGAAAUGAGUGAAGCCUCUCAAAAACAUAAUGGAACUGCUACACGAAAGAGAUCACUGAGGAGUGUGAAACAGGUUUUAGAGCAGAGAAAACAUACAGUAGCACACUUUAAGCACUCAGCGCAGACAUCUAAUGCUGUUCAGCUGUACCAGAACAUAAAGGGGUAGUUUAUUUUUGUUUAGUUCAAGCAAUAGUCCUAGAUGUCCUUCCGCAGAUGAACAUUAGGUAGUCCAGGUAUAGUGAAUAUUAGGGCUUUUAACACUGAGAAAAUGUCUAAUAAAACUAAAUGAAAGGUUUAGAUGAGGUUGUUCUUUAGCAUUUAUUUAGGGUUUUGUACUGCUUGUACAAUAGUAGUGAAAAUUCUAGAUCUGGAAAAUUUGAUCAGUUUUGUCAGACCACUGCCCUGAUUAAAAAACAUUAUAAAACUAGUUGAAAAUAACUUACAAACCGCACAUUUGAAUUGACCUAGGAAGCUUUAUUUAUCAAACUUUAACAUUAAAAAUGGGAAAACAGUACAAUUAUAUAAAAUAUGCUGUGUAGUGGCAAUCUUAUGUCCGAUAAAACGUUAUUUACUUAAGAGAAUUUUUUAUGAUACUUUCUUACUAUCUAAUUAUUUUAUUUUUCUGUGUACUUUAUUUUAUUUGCCUUUUGGGUUUUUUUUGUGUGUAAAAUAUAUGCCACGUGAAACAUCCAGUCCACCAUUUACAUACCUUGAAAUCACUUCUCAAAACUAUGCAGAUGAAACAAAUUUGAAUUAUUUUUACCAAGGAAAGUUGUAUAGAUUAAGGUUGUUUACAAGGGGGUCUCCUGUAAUUGUCUCCUCCCCCUAAGCUGAUAGUAGGCUUCUUUUAAACUACAGUGUCCAGUGAAGGAGUGGGUUAGCAUUGAUGAAUCUGAUUUUUAGCUCAGAUCGAAUUUCCUGCUGGUUUGAAUUGUGGGAAAUUCAGUUCACUUACAGUAGUUAAUACAGCCCCAAAAUAAAAUAACAGUUCAAUGAACAGAACUGACUCACUGAGAAGAGCUCACAAUCACAACACUGAGCAAGACAGAUGUCCAAAUGUUUGCUUCCCUGGGAUAUGAGUAUCUACUGUAGAUUUCAUUUUAAAAUAAAUGUAUGUAUCAGUGUAGUAGACAGGCAGUCAGAACAUUCUAUUAAGAUAGCAAUACCUUUAUCUAGUCCUCUGAGAGACUUACAGAGGCUCAAUCUGCUUGCUGUUUUGAAAACAAUUUGAACAGCAUUCUUGUUCUGUCAGAGUUCUCUGCGAAGCACUGUUCUACUUUUUGUCAUUUAUAUUUUUAAAUACCAGAUUAGACGGAAGAAAAAGGUUUUUAUGCAAAUGAGUUUUUUCAGUCUUGUCUUGUAUUUUGUAUCACUUCUGCCUUUAUGGUCUUUAAAUCCUGGGUUAUUUGGCAGUUUCCUGAAAAUUGGGUUAUUGAUAGUGCUGUUUGUCCUCAAGAAGGUACUGUAUAGAAUAUAUUUUAAACAGUUCCAGCUCCUUGCUUUCUGAACAUUUCUGAAUGUUUUUAAAAAUGCAAAACAUAAUUGCAAAGAAUCUGUAAAAUUGAAUUUUGUAUAAUGUUAACAGUCACAAUUUAAUAUUAGACUACUGUAACAUUGUUCUCUUUAUCACUGUUAACAACUUCAAUAUACACUGUUUAGAUUAUUUGAAUUUGAAACAACUUUGUAAACUGUAAAUGCCUUCAACCACUGCCAUAAAAAUAUGCUUUACUUUUGAUCA